AUGGACCUAUCAACUUUGGGGUUCAACAUCAACCAUCAGUCCAUCACUCAUCAGGUGUAUACAGGGUUGAAUGUAGAAUCUGAGAAGGUGAAUGCGCAAGAAACUAAUUGUUGGAGAAGAGAGAUGUCCACGGAGCACAAGAAGUCCUUCCUCUUGUUCCUCCUCAUCACCCUCUCUUCUUUCUCCAUCGAUGCCAUUUGCAUCCCUCGCAACUCCACCUCUGCACCAUCUCCAACACCCAUCCCAUCCUCAUCGCCUGUGGAAUCCCCGCAACCAUUUCUUGAUGCAACCAGUCCUUUCAAGAUCCCACAUGUUUCUUCACUGGUACCUCAUGUCUCCGGCUUAUUGCCUUCGUUGUCGGUGACAGUUGGCGCUGGUGUUCAGAAGAUCUGUGACUCUACCUCAUACCCGGUCGAAUGCGUCGACUCCCUCCUCCCACACAUCAGUGGAGAAGCCUCUUUGGAUGUCAUCUCUGCUGUCAAGUUUCAGAUGGAAGCAUUCAGCAAGGCAAUCGAGCAAGCAAUCGCUAAUGCCACAAAUUUGAAAGAUCCUUCAACGGAGAAAAUGAUUGCCAACACCAUUGAUGCCUGCAUUGAGAGUUAUACAGAUUCACAAGACUGUCUCAAGAAGGCAUUGGAAGCCAUUGCUGCUCAUGACAUUGGCACCUUGAACAGUGAGCUUAGCGCGGCUUUAACAGGGAUUGUUACUUGCGAUGAUGGCUUUGAGGAGUUGCAAGUACCUGGAUUGAAGUCACCGGUAGCGGAGAUUGAUCAGAAGCUGCAGAAGUUGGCAAGCAACUGCUUGGCCAUUGGUAAACUCCUGCAAUGGUAG